ACCGGGGCCAUUCCGCUACAGGAUCGUACAAACAAGGACCAGAUGGACGACGCAGACCAUGUCUACGAGGCACCUAAAAAGAGACCUAAGAAGCAGGGCGUGAGGUUCGGCGAGCUGGGCAUGUUCGGUGCCUAUGCUAACCGUAUCCCAUGGGUCGUCUACAUUUUCACUUUUGUGCAGAUCUCUGUCUUCAUUGGCGAGCUGGCCGACAACUGGGCAAAGACAGGAUCUCCAAUCGAGAUUCACCCUUCGUUCAACUAUCUCCUUGGUCCCUCGCCAUACGUCCUGAUUAACUUCGGCGCCAGGUGGACACCAUGUAUGCACAACGUGGAGAGCAUCACGGAUGCUACAUACACAUUGACCUGGCCUUGUCCCAAUACUACCUCGUCCGACGCCUCCGCCGAGGUCUGCACUCUCUCCGACCUGUGUGGUUUUGGCGGUGUUCCGGAGCCAAAAUACGACUCCUCUGCCAGCAUGGAUGACAAGCCAGAGCCCAACCAGUGGUGGCGGUUCAUCCUCCCCAUGUUCAUGCACGCCGGAAUUAUUCAUAUCGGUUUCAACAUGCUGCUGCAGCUCACGAUGGGCAAGGAGAUUGAGAAAUCUAUCGGGUCGCUUCGCUUCUUCCUGGUAUACGUAUCUGCCGCCAUCUUCGGUUUCGUUCUGGGUGGAAACUAUGCCUCUGCUACGAGUCCCUCUACGGGAGCUUCGGGUGGCCUGUUCGGCAUCAUUGCCCUCAACAUGCUGGAUCUUUUCUAUUCGUGGGGCGACCGCGUCUCUCCUGGCAAGGAUCUCGCGUUCAUUCUCCUGGAUAUGAUCAUCUCCUUCGUCCUCGGGCUGUUGCCUGGUGUCGACAACUUUUCUCAUAUCGGCGGAUUGGCGAUGGGCAUCGCGAUCGGCCUGUCGAUCUUGCACUCACCCAACGCGCUGCGGCGAAGGAUUGGCGAGGACGACGCACCAUACACGACCAUGAACUCCGCGUUCGCGCGGGAUAAGCCUCCAGGAUUUGUCAAGAAUCCGGUCGGUUUCUUUAAGGGACGCAAGCCACUGUGGUGGGCGUGGUGGCUCAUCCGAGCUGGAUUCCUGCUGCUGGCGUUCAUCGGGUUCAUCUUACUACUCAACAACUUCUAUGUGUAUCGCAAAACCUGCAGCUGGUGCAAGUACCUGAGUUGCUUGCCUGUCAAAAAUUGGUGUGACAGUGGU